AUGAGCGCGAUAGCUAUCAAACUGGGCACUUUGCUUAUUCGGCAAGUGACUAGGCCCGUGGCGAACAUUUUGAAAGCGCAAGCGAAACAACACGAUACUUUCAAACGUGUGUGCGUUGAGCUUGCCCAACGAAUGCAUCGGGUCGAUUUCCGACUUAGAACGCGACUCGUCAAUACGAAACAAGAUAUAAAGAUUCGGCCUUUGAACGAUACACGUGCCGUUGAGAACGGUGCCACAUUGUUAAGCGAAGCGUUCGUGUUCGGAGUCACGGGUAGUGUAGUCGUGUGGGAAACGUUACGGCAGCGCACCAAAGAAUUGAAUCGACGUGAACAGGUGUCGCAAGACAUCAGUUAUCUGCAGGGUGAGAUAGAAGAACUGGUUGCCACUAUUGGCCGCCAAAAACGUGCGAUAGACAGUUUACAACGACGAACCACACCACCAUCACCACACCCACCUUGUAAAUAA